CACAGAACAUGGCGCGCUCCUAGAAGCUGCUUUCGGCCUCAGAAGAAGGCGGCAGGGACCUCGGCGCGUGGAAGGCUGUGCACUGCACGAGUCCAACUGACUUCGCGCGGCGCGGCGUGGAAGGAGUGGGCAAGCCGGGCCAGGCAGGGCAGGACAGAGCAGAGCCUAACGGUUUCCAUGGAUCUCGAUAGUGCUAGCACUAUUGUUCUUCACGUCUUAACUCAGGCCACCAGUCAAGAUACUUCAGUAUUGAAACCAGCUGAAGAACAGCUAAAACAGUGGGAGACACAGCCAGGUUUCUACUCAGUGUUGUUGAAUAUUUUUACAAACCAUAUUCUGGAUAUAAAUGUAAGGUGGCUAGCCGUGCUGUAUUUUAAAAAUGGAAUUGAUCGUUAUUGGAGACGUGUAGCACCUCAUGCUCUUUCAGAGGAGGAAAAAGCUACAUUGCGAGCAGGACUCAUCACCAAUUUCAAUGAGCCAGUAAAUCAGAUUGCAACUCAGAUUGCAGUGCUGAUUGCAAAAGUUGCUAGAUUGGAUUGUCCCAGACAUUGGCCAGAACUGAUUCCUACCCUAAUAGAAUCUGUGAAAGUCCAAGAUGAUCUUCGUCAGCACAGAGCAUUGCUUACUUUCUAUCAUGUCACUAAGACCCUGGCAUCCAAAAGACUGGCUGCAGACCGGAAGCUCUUUUAUGAUUUAGCAUCUGGAAUUUAUAGUUUUGCCUGUUCCCUGUGGAAUCAUCAUAUGGAUACAUUCCUGCAACAUAUUUCUACUGGAGAUGAAGCUGCUAUUUUAAAUUCAUUGGAAAGAACACUACUAUCAUUGAAAGUGCUUCGUAAACUAACUGUUCAUGGAUUUGUAGAACCUCACAAAAAUAUGGAAGUGAUGGGUUUUCUACAUGGAAUUUUUGAGCGUCUAAAACAAUUUUUGGAAUGUAGUAGAAGUAUAGGCACAGAUAAUGUAUGUAGAGACAGACUGGAAAAGACCAUCAUUCUUUUUACUAAAGUGCUUUUAGACUUCUUGGACCAACAUCCUUUUUCUUUUACUCCUCUCAUUCAACGAUCACUGGAGUUUGCAGUAAGCUAUGUUUUUACAGAAGUGGGCGAAGGAGUCACAUUUGAGCGAUUCAUCGUUCAGUGUAUGAAUCUAAUUAAAAUGAUUGUCAAAAAUUAUGCUUAUAAGCCAUCAAAAAAUGUUGAAGAUAGCAGUCCUGAAACUCUUGAAGCACAUAAAAUUAAGAUGUCUUUCUUCACAUACCCAACUUUGACAGAGAUAUGUAGAAGAUUAGUUACUCAUUAUUUUCUGCUAACAGAGGAAGAGCUGACAAUGUGGGAAGAAGAUCCAGAAGGCUUUACUGUGGAAGAGACAGGAGGAGAUUCUUGGAAAUAUAGUUUAAGGCCUUGCACUGAAGUGCUGUUUAUAGACAUAUUCCAUGAAUAUAAUCAGACUCUUACACCUAUACUUUUAGAAAUGGUACAGACAUUGCAAGGGCCAACCAAUGUGGAAAAUACCAAUGGAAUACUGAUUAAAGAUGCUGUUUAUAAUGCAGUUGGAUUGGCUGCUUAUGAAUUAUUUGAUAGUGUGGAUUUUGAUCAAUGGUUUAAAAAUCAGUUGCUGCCAGAAUUAAGAGUUAGUCAUGAUAGGUAUAAACCAUUGCGACGCAGAGUAAUUUGGCUAAUUGGACAAUGGGUUUCUGUGAAAUUCAAGUCUGACUUGAGACCCAUGUUAUAUGAGGCAAUUUGUAAUUUGCUUCAAGAUCAAGAUUUAGUGGUCCGAAUCGAAACAGCUACAACUCUCAAGUUAACUGUUGAUGAUUUUGAGUUUAGAACAGAUCAAUUUCUGCCGUAUUUGGAAACCAUGUUCACCCUACUUUUUCAACUACUUCAGCAAGUUACAGAAUGUGACACAAAGAUGCAUGUUUUACAUGUCUUGUCUUGUGUGAUUGAAAGAGUUAAUAUGCAGAUACGCCCCUAUGUAGGAUGUUUGGUUCAAUAUUUGCCCUUACUUUGGAAGCAGAGUGAAGAACAUAAUAUGCUCAGAUGUGCCAUUUUGACUACUCUUAUUCAUCUUGUUCAGGGAUUAGGAGCAGACAGCAAGAACUUGUAUCCUUUCCUGCUCCCAAUUAUUCAACUGAGUACAGAUGUUUCCCAGCCACCACAUGUUUAUCUUCUGGAAGAUGGUUUAGAAUUAUGGUUAGUUACAUUGGAGAACAGUCCAUGUCUUACACCAGAGCUACUUAGAAUCUUUCAGAAUAUGUCCCCACUUCUUGAAUUAAGUUCAGAAAAUCUCAGAACCUGCUUUAAGAUCAUCAAUGGUUAUAUUUUUUUGUCGUCAACAGAAUUUUUACAGACAUAUGCAGUAGGUCUGUGUCAGUCAUUUUGUGAGCUGUUAAAGGAAAUUACCACCGAAGGACAAGUUCAAGUGCUUAAGGUAGUGGAAAAUGUUCUUAAAGUGAAUCCAACUUUAGGACCUCAAAUGUUUCAGCCUAUUUUACCAUAUGUGUUCAGGGGGAUUAUAGAUGGAGAGAGAUAUCCUGUGGUGAUGUCUGCUUAUCUUGGAAUUAUGGGCCGAGUUCUGUUGCAAAAUACUAGUUUCUUUUCUUCACUUCUAAAUCAGAUGGCACAUAAGUAUAACCAGGAGAUGGACCAACUUCUGGGUAAUAUGAUUGAAAUGUGGGUUGAUCGCAUGGACAGUAUUACCCAACCAGAAAGAAGAAAACUUUCUGCUUUGGCAUUACUUUCACUUCUGCCAUCUGAUAACGGAGUCAUCCAGGAUAAAUUCUGUGGCAUCAUUAACAUUUCAGUGGAAGGCCUACAUGAUGUCAUGACAGAAGAUCCUGAAACAGGAACUUAUAGAGACUGCAUGUUGAUGUCUCAUUUUGAAGAGCCCAAAGUAGCAGAGGAUGAAGAGCCACCCACAGAACAGGACAAGAGAAAGAAAAUGCUUGCUCUUAAGGAUCCUGUACACACGGUGUCACUGCAGCAGUUUGUCUACGAGAAGCUCAAAGCACAGCAGGAAUUGCUGGGAGAGCAAAGCUUUCAGUCUCUCAUGGAGACAGUGGAUACAGAAAUUGUUAACCAAUUACAAGAAUUUUUACAGGGCUUCUGAAAGCCCAGAUGGAACAUUGGGUGACUAACUCUCUCUCUUCCCAAAAUAAGAUGAAUACCAAGCUUACUGAGAUGGAGCUGACAUGCUAAAGAAAUCAGCUGUGAAAGAAAGUAAAGAAGCAGAGAUCACAAAGCCAAUUUUUUGGUUUCAACAUUGGGAAAAAGUGGAAAAGGCUUCAUGAGAGUUUACAAACCUGUUCCUCAAGAGAGUAGUUUUGUAUUGGGGGGAUUGGGUGGGGGGACCUGGAGUUUGCAAAAGGAAAUGUGUUCAUUGAAAAUAGCUGCUUAGUUUAUUGUUAAGAGAAGAAAAUGGUUUUGAUUAUCCUUUAAUCAUGUACUCUUAACACAUAAAAAGAAGCAAAGGUUGAUGUUUAAUGUCUGAAAUGUUUUUCUGCAGCAAAAAUUAGCUCAAGUUGGUGACUGCCUUACCCAUUUUUUUAAGUGAAUGAAACUACAGAUUUUUUUUUUUUAAUGGCAAAGCCAUUUUUGGAUAUAAUUGGAGACUAAGAAAUUUGGUCAUUAGGUAAAAAGAUAUAUAUAUAGAGAGAGAUAUAUAUUCCUAAGAUUAUCUUGAAAGGGAAAUGUUUUCAUCUAAAAAAAAAGAAAAAGAAAGCCAGUUAUAUCAGCCAAAUGCUUUUAUUUUCAUUGUACUAAUCUGAUAUAGGGACUGUUGUUAGUAAAGGGAUAUUUUUCUCAUUUUAUUUUCAGGAAACAUACUUAGUCUUUAACUAUGUACUGUAAGGCCUGCACAAUGAACUUGGGAUACUGCAGUGUCAGGUAGGAGACCUGAGUUCACUGUUCACUCACUUCCUUUUUAUUAAUUAUUAGGGCUAGUAACCCUAUUGUGAGCCCCAGGAAAACUAAGGAGCUGACUGUAGAUCAUCCUCAAGAAAAGAAAUAAGUUGUCCAGGAGGUACCUGUCUCGCCUUCCUAAACUGCAAAGGGAACAGAUAUGAGUUGGGGCCUUAAAAGAUGUUGGGACGGUCAGAAGGCAGUAUAAGAGAUCAUAUAUAUAGCGAUGCAAAGUCUGCCUUCCUACUCCUCAGAGAAUAAUAUGAAGUACCAAAAAAGAAAAGAAAAAAGAAAAAAGCCUUACUUUGUUUUACUUCCCCUGUUGUAAGAAACCUUUAAAACUUUUUUUAGGAAACGUUCUAAAUUAAGGAUAGGAAAAUUUUGAUCUUUCUAUAGAAAGUUGGGUACAGUAUGUAACUGUAGGGAACCCAGUGCCCCUUUGUAAGCUGUGGAACCCAAAAUGUGUUCGAGUAUUUGAUGUUUUCAGCAAGACAAAGAACGUUUUUGGUCUCAUUAAAGUUCCAAAGAUACCUCAUCUCUGUCUGAUUUAAUUUGAUUGGUUGCUUUCUCUCUCUUUCCCUCCUUCCUUUCCUCCCAACCCAAAUGGCAAUUUAAUACCAAAUUUCACAAGGAAUUUCAAGCAGAUGCCUCAUUUCACAACUCGGCAGGAAAAUAAAAGGUAGUGUGGCAGAUUGUCAAUGGUAAUACUGUAUUAGCAAAUCUCUGUGACACCUAGAGCUUGUUAUUUCAUUUAAUCACAAAAGGCUUCUUAAUCUGGACUGCAUUCCACAUCUUUUCUAUCUUUUAUCAUCCAGUUUAAGAUUGUUCUAAAUGGAAUCUGUUAAUUUGACAUGACUUUAUUAUGUUGGAUAAAAUUUCUCCUAAUCUGAAUAGAAAUGACCUAAUAAAUUCUUUAAAAAUAAUCCUCAAAUCUCAGAUUUAUAAAUUCAAUGAAGCCAAAAGGGAGUGUGUCAAAAGUCUUAAGCCUUAAUAACUUGAAAUUAUAUUAAGACUUUUGGGAUACAAUGUAUUUAAAAAUAUUUUGCAAACAGGGAUUUUGACUUAAUAUAGUAUCAGAUAGGACUUGAGAGUUUCAGAUCCAAUUUGCAAUUUUAUUACAUACCAAAAUUUUUUUUAAUUCCAUAAAAUUGUCUUGUUCCAUAGUUUUUGUAAUAAUUAAAAAACACAAAUUUUUUUUGAAGAAAAUUUUCUCCAAAUAUUGAAAUAUUAACAUUUUUCUAAUUCAAAUUCCUUUUACUGAGCCCUUGACAGGGUCUCUAAGAAGCCACAUUUAAAAAAAAACUUUGAUUAUAAGGUAUUCCCUAGUCUGUCCUGUCACUACAGAAACAGUCCUAUUGAUACUUAUAAAAACACAAAUUAUUUUCUAAUUUUCCUUGAAGUCCUGGCCAUAGCUUAAAGGUAAAUACUGAUAGAGGUCCUGCCUAUCUAUCACAUCACUCACUUGAUUUUCUUUUUGAAUUGACUUUUUUUUUUCUAUUCCCUCCUCUGAGUCCCAAUUAGUGCUUAAUUCCAUUGUGAGCUGGUAGAAAUACAGAGAAGAGGUAGCUCAGGCAUGCUAUCUUUCUUGUUUUUCUGUGUAUCUCUAUGGGACAAUAUCUCCCCUCCCUAGUCCACCUCCCCUUGAUGCCUUGUCCAUUCUUCAAGCAUAUGCUCAGUAGCCAGAAUACCUAAACCAGAGAGUACUAUAUGUGAAUUCAUUUGUAAUUCUCAUCCCUUCAACUUUAUGGAAGCAAAGAUUAUAUACUGGAUGACCUGAAAUGGUUCUUUAUAAGCCUAUUAUUCACUUAUUGAAAGUACUUUUUAUAUUCUAUCUUUGAAUCAUACCCAAUUCAAAACUAAAUAGCCAUCACCACUUGCAAGCUUUUGGUUUGAUGAGUAACCGAUUCUUUCUCAAAUUGCAUCUUGGUUUGUUUUGUUUCCUUAAACCUCAUCACAGAGGAAGAUCUGUAUGGGAAAGCUUUUUAAAAUAGAAAGCAUACCAAGAAUGAUAAUAUGUCCAGAUAUUAAGAACUUGAAAGUAGUUUAGAAGAUGAUAAAAUUCCUAGACAAAUCCUAACUGACAAGAAAGGUAGUUUUUGACAGAAGUUUUUAUUACAGACUUCACCAUCAACAUUUUUCAGCAGAAUAAGACAAACUUUCUGUGAUAAGAUAAGGGUAUAUCCCUGCAUCUUAUCCAUUAGCUGUCAUUAGUUUAAACUUCUUGAAUUUAGGAGAAACUCAGGAAUUGAAUGUCCUUGAAUGUUGCUAAUGAAAGCUCACUUAAUAAAUGUGUGAUUAAAAUAGUGUCAUUUUGUUUCUGCCUAAUCUGAAAGCAUCAAAUCAAAUACUGAGAUUUUGACUUAUUGGGUGUGAAAUAUACCAACAGUUAUCAAAGCAUCAGAAAUAAUGCAAGCCGAAAACUCAAAUACUUGACAACCCUCCCCCCACAAAAAAAAAAGGAGAAAUACUCAACUUCCUACCUAACUUUACCUUUCUCUGUUUGUCUUUUCAAGCCAUAUUUGAUAUAAUACAUGAGUUAAGCCUCGUGAGAGAGUAGCAGAAUAUUAAACUGUCUCAAGUUUCCUAAGCCCUCCAGCUCGAUCUAUGUAACAUGAAUCACAAAUCCUGAUUCACUCACUGUAAUCCUUUGACCAUCAGCCAUGAGUUGGACCAUUAGGUGUCACAAUUGAGCUAAGAACCAUUACAACAACACUUAGGAUCCCUAACACAGGUUAGGGGAUAAAAGAAUUUAUGUCUCACAAAUGGCCAAACCUCAAAACCUCUGAUAUAGGUGGUGGAAGAACUGUUGCUGGAGAUUUCAUUAAGUAGGGAACACAGGCCCCAUUUGGAACUAGUGUCAAAUGAGAGAUGACUUGGUAGUGUUGCCUUUUUGUAUGAGUAGCAUGAUAGCAUAAGUAGAUUAAUAGAAUGGCCCAGAGUAGCAUUCACAUAGGUGGUAUUCCUUAGGGAGGUGUGGAAAAUUCAAGAUAAAACAGGACAUUCAGAACUAGAGCCUCUGCAAAGCAUAAACAUCAACAUCCACUGGAACCUCUUGAGGUUCUAUGUUUAUAUCUUUUCAUUAGUUGUCAUCUUGCAUCAUUGCUCUUUUUCGGGGCAUAAAUCAUGCUUCCUUAGUUGUUAGGAGAAUUAUUAUUAUUUUUUAAUCUUUACAAUUGUGUUAAAAGUCCUCCCUUAUACAAGAAUGUGGUUUAGAUAUAAUUUUUUCAGUAUCUUAAUGGAAGACCUCAGGACUGUGAAAAUAAAGAAUGCCACUCCUCCACCAAGCAUAAUCUUUAAUUUUCAGCAAAUUUCCAGAAAAAUUAGGAAAUAACCCUGAAAUUUUUCUGGUAAUAUUUAUCUCUCCCUCUUUUUUCUUGAACUAUCUUUUCACAUUACAUAGCUCAUAGAAUCAUAUCUCCAAGUCAGUUAGGAAAGACACUCCACCAUACAUAUCUAGCAUACUCAUAAUUGGGGUGAAGGUAGGGAGAAAAUGAUUUAUACAGAUAUAAUUAGAAAUUAUGUAUCAUUACAAAUAGAACAAGAAAGGAAAAAACAGGGCACCAAAUCCUAUAGUGGAAAGAAUACUGAUUUUAGAAUGAGAAGACCUUGAUUUGAAUUCUUUUUGACCUUGGACAAUUUAUUUCAUCUUUCUUGGGACACAUACAGUUUCAUCAAUACCAAGUCCAAACAAUUGCUCCAAUGGUUUCUUUGGGUGGUUUAGUAACAAAUACAAUUCAGUUCUGGUGAUUCAUGUGGAGAAAAAAUGAUACCAUCCAAAGAAACCUAAGAAAUAUUACUCAGGACCAAGUCCUAAACAAAAAUCUUUGGGGGCACAGGCAAUAUUUUUAUCACAUGAAUCAUAGUAAAGAGAUUCAGAAGAAAAGGGGCAGAUCUGGAAAAUGACCAACAUAAUGUCUGAAAAUGAGAUUUCAAUUUCUUAUCUAUGGCAUAUGGGCUCUUGACUAAGGAAAGAGUGCACCCAACAAAUUAGAAAAUACAGCUGAGAUCAUCUCCUAUUAGAGAGGUGAUAGACUCAGGGUGCAAAUUGAAAUAAGUAUUUUCUUUUACUUGACCAAUGAGAGAAUUAGUUUUGUUUGACUAUGCAAAUUUAUUACAAGGCUUUCUUUUCUUUCUUUUUACAAUAGGGGAAAGAAAAUGUAUUUUUGUUAUUUGAAAAUUUAUUUUUAAAAAAUAAAUUGUAAACUUUUAAGCAUAUCUGGGAAUCAAUUUAGCAAGGCAUCCUUGGAACUUAUAUAAAUACAAUUACAAAAUACUUUUUAAAAUAUAGAAUGAGAGAGGUUGGGUUGUACUAAAACAAAUAAAAAUGACAAUUUUAUUUAGAUUCUAGAUUUAGUGCUAUACAAAUCAAACUAUCCAGGAGCAGCUUUAUAGCACUAUGCAAUUCAUUUGAAGGAAUAAAAAGAUCUUAGAAUCUCAAGGGGAGUUAUGAAACAGUAGGAAUGAAGAGAAAGUAGUUCUUUGUCCUGUGUAUUUUCAACAACUCUGAAUCCAGUGUCUAAGUGAUUCAUUGGAAAUUAAUACAAAUAUGUAAGACCAAGAACCAUUCCCCACUGAAUGACCCCAAUGAAUGAAAACAAUAUUGGCUACAUUUUCAAAUGAAUAUGGUUUCACUUGCUCCCCACCUAGCUAGAAGAUGUGAACAGCUGGUUAUCAAAAAGAAAAAAAUGCAAAUUAUUAACAAUCAUAAAGACUAUUUCAGAUCACUAAUAAGAGAAAAGUAAUUUAAAGCAACUCAACCUUAAUAUCAUACUCAUCAAAUUGACAAAAAUGAUGAUAUAUGGAAAUAGUCUGUUGUUAGAAGAGUUGCAAAAAGAUAAGGAACAUAUUGUUGGAACUGUCAAUUUGUCCAACUAUUCUAGAAAGUAAUUUAGAAUUAUUCUGAGAAAGUGGCCAAAAAUGCCCAUAUCUUUGGACUUAGAAAUUUCAUUACUAAGCAGAUAUCCCAAGGAAGUCAAAGGCAGAGAGUUUCUUUUGCAUGUCUGUGCAUGCACACGUGGAUACAUACGUGUGUAUAUUUAUGUUUCUAUGUGAGAUAACAAAGAACUGAAAACAAAGUAGAUACUCAUGGAUUGGCUAAUAAUUAGCUUAAAAAUUAUUGCUUAUUAUUAGGCUAUACCAAUACAAGUAAAAAUGAUACUACCUAGAUUAAUUUGUAGAUUUAAUGUUAUGCUAAUCUAUACAAAUCUACAUGAAUGUAAUGAAAUAUCACUCUGCUAUAUAAAAUAGUACCUAAAGAAUUCAGAGCAGGAUAGGAAAAAUUGUAUGAACUGAUGCAAAAUGAAGUAAGCAGAAGCAACAACAACAAAAAACAAUAUACAGGAUGGAUACCUAUUGUAAAUUAAAAAAACAAAACCUUAAAAUACUAUGUAAUCAUAAUGACCAAGAAGAUUAACCCUGGUCAAAAAAGAAGAAAAUGCACCUCCUCUUAGUUUACCAGUAUAAAGUAUUGCAUUUACUGUUUGACUCAUUUGUCAGCUGAUUUUGCUAAAUUGCUUUUUCUACUUCCUUUUUUCCCCUUCAUUAUGAGGGAUGACUCCCUGAGUAAGGGAAGGGGGCAAAGGGAAAUAUGUUUGGAAAUGAAGGUAAUGUAAAAACAAAAGUUAGCAAUAAAAAUUAAAAUGUGAAA